GAUUAGUUUAAUUUCGUUCGUGCAUUUGGUCGGAUGUGGGUGCGUUCAGUCAUUUUUCUCUAGUGUUAAGCCGGAACCGGAUAAAUAAAGCAGUUCUUGGUCCAAGAGAGGUGGUGUGAAAGAAGACGCCAGCGUGCGCGUGCUUCGCGGUGUUUUGCGGAAAUUUCGCGGCUUGUAGGCGCUUUGAAAUUUUGAAAUCAAUUGUGACCGUUUAGUGAUUUUUUUUUGUUUCGCGAUUCCUGACAGUUGAAGAAGAAAACAUGUUAUUGUAGGACUUCUUCCCUGCAACUGGUGCCGGUGGAAAGAUUCGGUAAGAAAAGGGAAUAGAAAGUGAUUUCAACGCGUGUGGGCGCUCAUCAAGUGAGAGAAUCUAUCCUGUAAUACGUAAUUGUCCAGCUGCUGAGAAAGGCAUAUCCAAAAGUUUGGAAAGUAAGAUUUCCACGCGAAGUCGUGUCCCCUCGCGCGAUGGGAGAUCUCCCACCUGUUAGCGCGUUGUGGUCCGGAGUGCAGGAUCAUCAUCCCGCGGUUUGUGAUCUGCAAUGGCGGCGACGGCAGUAAGAGUAACAAUCCUAGGGACUGCUACUGCCCGAAGGUUAUGUCAUAAAGUUAUUAUUGGAAAGAACUUCGCAAGUGGUCCGUGCAUUUUCUUUGUUCGUCAAGAGGAUAGCUGUUUGAGUGCGCGAAGAUCACACGAAGAUUAAUGGUCGCCAAUUGGGUGUGUGGUGAGAAAUAUGAUGGUGAUGCGUUAAACCAGUGAAAAAAUAUACAAAAAUCAUUCUUCUGAAGUUGUGGAAGUGCUGUGGAAACCUGCAGUGAGAAAAGCGGAGAGUGUUGUGGGUUUGAAUAGGCCGGGAGUGAGUCAAAAUUUUGAAGUUCAAAAAAACCCGUACCAAAAUGGCAGAGGAUGCCACUAACGUUGGUGUUAUCAUGGGGGGUAGAUCGAAUGGUGAUGAUGGUGACGAACCGGCGCGUCGGAGCAACAUAAAUGGUGGUAGCCGCUUUGGAUCCUUCCGCCCCGUGCCCAUUUCGGGGCCUGUGCAUCUGAUCUCCAGUCAGCAGGGAAGUCCAGAUUCGUCGGCAGACGAGGAGGCGAAAUUGUUGCACAAGCAGAAUUUCUUCAAAACACUCCAAGCGGUGGAACGGAUCGGUGAAGAGAGGUCUCCAGAAGUUGAGAGCGAAGGAGAUAUUGCCGACAAUGAAAGGGAAAAUGGAGACCUAAAAGGACGGGGAGAUGGUGGCCUGGGGGUGUCUGUGAUCGAUAUUGCAGACAGCGGCGGGACCCAGCCGUACAAAUCAUCGCUCAAGGGCAUGAAGAAAAAUGUGUUCGAAAAACUCUACGACCGACUGUUGAAUGCGUUCGAUGUAUCCAAGAAGUCCGAACGCCCUUUCGUCGGCCUCAUUCUGACGACCCUCGUACUGUUGAUAGUUCUGAUCGUUCUCAUUAUCGUCUGGCCUCGCAUUCCGGAGUAUCUCACCAAGGAGAUUUGUGUGGAAACGGAAUGUAUGGAGGCAAGCAAACAGAUCCUCGCGUGGGCCAAUCCGCGCGCAAACGAAUGCCUCAAUCCAUACGAGUGGGCCUGCGGCCGAUUUGAAGAAGAUUUCGGAAAGCACAACUUCUUCGAGGCGCACAAGGGCGAGUGGAACUUUAACACGCAUCUGCACUAUAAAGACACGAUGUCCACCUACGAGUUUAUCUUCAAGUUGCCCUCGGUCAAGGGACUAGGCCACACCGUCAAGAAGCUGCAUGCAUUCUGCACCUCGCUUGAUCAAACGACCACCGGCGACACGACAAUAUGGCUGAAGCGGGUGUUUCGCGAAUUGGGUGGCUCGCAGCUGUUUCCCACUAGCGGAGGCAGAGGAUUAUCCAGAUGGGACCUGCCAGAGCAUCUGGCCAAAGCGCAAGCGAUGUACGGAGUGUCAGCAUUCUACAAGAUUGGAAUCGAUACCCGAAAUGAACCCCCCUUCGACUACAUACUCACCCUGACCGAGGGCGACUUGGGAAUGCCGAACAAGGAGUAUUACGCCCUGGACGAUAGCCAUCCGAUUAGCCAAGCCUAUCGGACCUAUCUGCGGGACAUUUACACCAACCUGAUGGCUUCUACCUCAACCAAGGCCUACCAUUACGCCGAUAUUAUCUACAACUACGAGAAGCGUCUCGCAUUGACUGUUGCAAGAUUCGUUAAUGAUGCCGCCGACAACGCAACCCGGCCCCGGAUCCGUAAACUGUCCCAGGUGGCAGAUGAUAAAAGUACACGGUGGCUACCAAUCAAUCGAACGGCCAGUGCCAUGUUUCCGCUAAGAAUAACCCACGAUACACCGGUGUUGGUGGACAAUCCGGCGGUGUUUAAAGCGAUAACCCAGGUCAUCCAAACUACCGACAUCGAAACGCUGAACCACUUCGUGAUAUGGUCCGUCAUACAGCGCUACCUUCCGUACAUGUCUAGCGAUUUGCGGCAGUCGCGUUGGGAAUUUGACAAGGUCUUGUACGGGGUCAGAACGAAACCACCGUUCUGGCACUCGUGCACCGAACUGAUCCAGCAGUGGUUGCCAUACGGAUUGGAGGCGCUACGCGAAAAUCCAGCCCUGAUCGUGCCUGAUUCGAUGACCCAUCCGGCGGAAAUAGAUUUGCCAAAUCCAUACCACAGCUCACACCUGGUAACCAACGAGCAGCACGUUCAGUUCGACGACGAACUGGUGAAGAUCAUGUUCUACCACGUGAGAGACGAGUACAAACAGGCGGUAAUCAACGCCGAUUGGAUCAACGGAAAUGUGUCGGAAUAUAUUACCGACAAGCUAUCGCGGAUGAGGAUUCAGAUUGGCAUUCCGAAUGAUCUUCUGAAGAGUGAACAAACGCUGGGCGAAUACUAUCGGGAGUUGUAUAUGCCAGAGUUUUUGUUCAUGGAUAACAUAGUCGCUCAAUGGGAGAGCGCGAAAACGACGAUGAAUCGAUUGAUGGGUAACGUGACGGAAGGCGAGAGGAUCAUAGCAGAACUGUACCCACCGAUCGCGUCCGGAGGACGCAAAGCCCCCGUGGCUAACAUGAAGUACUCGAUCAGUCUCAAUAUGGUCAUCAUUUCCAGGCAGAAACUCCGAGAGCCAUACUUUCACAUAAAAUACCCUUUAUCGCUUAACUUUGCUCGUCUUGGAUCCGACAUUUCCCUUGUGAUUCAGGAUGCCAUCAACACCUUUGCCGAACAGUUAAAAAAUAUAGAAGGCGAUAAAUCGCAGCACUUUGGACUAUCGUCCGCACGGUUGGGAAACAUUUUCAGCAAGCAGGCACAGAGAUGUGUUACCAAUUUUGCGUCUUCCAGCGUUCCCAGUGUCCCCAAGGGCACCCCGAAGGACCGCCAGCUGGAACGAAUCGGGAACGUCAACCGGCUGAACCUCUAUCUGGAAGUGUCGUCGGUCGGUAUGCUGACGAGGGCGUUCGAAACUCUGGUGGAGAAAAUCCACCGGAACGAGCGCAUAUUCGAGAGUGCGAUAUCGGAGAAGACUACGUACGAGCUGUUGGGGCUGCGCGAACGACACCUCCAGCCCGGACUGCGCAAAUACUCCGAACAGCAGCUGUACGCGCUGGCCUACAUGCAGAAGCACUGUGCCGUGGCGAGUGUUUCGACGAAGCGUCUCACCAGGCUGCAGUUGGUCCACGACAUUCCCGAGACGGAGAAGUUCGAUUUCAUAUGGCACCAUGUGUUUUCCAAAGCCAGCAGCAUGCAAUGCGGCAGCAGCAGCACCAACGGUGAUGGUGCACAAAACGGCCGUUGCAGCCGAAUUCUUUGAUUAACCCACCGUCGUCGCACUGCAGUGGCCGCCACAGCAGCAGCGGAUGCUGCGGCCGUCGAAUCAGGUGCCAAACAACAACCUACCAAAAAGCAUACGAAACUCCUCCCAGUGUCUUACUACGAUCCCGCCUUCACCGAUCCUUACUUUGGUGCAGGAGGAACCGGCGCCGGCAGCGGCAGUGGCACCGGUACCCAAUACCCACAGUUUCCGCCGGCGGCAACUGGAGGUGUGCUGCCGACGGGGACUGUUAUCGGAGGCAGCAGCAGCGGUGAUAUUGUCUAUCCUAAAAUCGACGUUAAUAGUAUAUUCUUCUGAGAUGAACCCGAAAGGAGGACCACAAGCGAGUAAACCGACGCGAGAAUGCGUAUGAAAUUUGUUGGCGCGAGAAUGGGCAUGAGAGAGAAAAAAAAGGUAACUUAACCGUAACUUAACUGGAUUCCCAAGUUCGUUUUUUCUAUUGUUAAUAAUUUUGAACGUGAGUCGUAAUCGAUUCCACUUCUCGACGUUAUCGAUGAGAUCUCUACUGAAUAAGUUGAUUUUCUUUGAACAAAUGACAUGUACAAAUUAAUGUAUUUAAUUUUUGAUUUUCAAUGUGAGAUUCUUUUUUUUUGUUUUGGCGACCUUUUGAUUGGAUCAAACAUCGGAUCGCCGAGAGAGAAAGAGAGACAAUUUUCCUUUCUUUUGAAUAAAAGUGUUGAACAAUGAAAUUUAUCGAAUUAUGUGCAUACAAUCAACCUCAUGAGGAAGGAUUUUCAUGAGAUGAGCGGACCAAUCAAUGCCCUGCAAAUGUAAAAAUAAAUACAAACGUUGAAACGCUUUGUCCCAAUAUAUAAAUAUUCCAAACGGCGAUUGCGCACCACGUGGUUGACAAUUACACGCACGUGAAUUGUUUUGUUUUAAAAACUGCCGCAAUAAAAUUUAUGCAAACGUGUUGAAAGGGGAGCUACAUGUUUUCCCCUAGAAUAGCAUUAUGAGGAGGCUAACCACAAUUGCCAGAUUGCUUUGCGUGACGCGAGACAACGGUAUUGACUUGUACAGGAUCUGACAAAAUGUUUAGAAACAAUGUAAGAUAAUAGGAAAUUUAAUUGGUCAUGGAGCAUGAUAAUAGAUA